GUCGGCGGUGAGAAAUCGGAUUACACCAUCGCAGGGACCCGAGGGCUGCAGGGCUCGGGAGCUUGGCUGCGGAUUGAGACACGAGGUUAAGGUGCAGGUUUCCUGCCGAGACAGCCGCAGCGUUACCGCCAGAAAGAAAACGAGAACGAAAAAGCAGGUGCUUCAGGAGCCGUGAUCGCUGGCGGACGCCGGGAGGACAUGACAGUUACUCCGCAACAUCGGCCGAGUUGCUCCGUUUCGGUUUUGACACACCAGCUUAGGUUGUGAUCGCAGAAAGGCAGGUGGACGUAAAACACGCUUACUCCCGGCGAUAUUUCGGAGGUCAAGCGUUUUUCAGGUGAUAUAUGUAUUUUAGGGCUCGGUUGAUUUAACAAAAUGUGACACUUGGAACGUAGGACGUUUACGAGGAUGCGUGCACUUUGAGGCGAUGUGAGGAGCCUCUUCGCAUGCAUAUGGGAACUAAACAUCGUCAGAAAAGCCUGGCUGAGAAACAAGAUUUUUGCAUCUUUCUUUGAACACAGUGAUUUCGUAUUUACUAUGGCGACUAAGACCAGGAAGAUGCGCUGCUGUCGCUGCUCGGGACGUGUAACUCCUGCACUGUAUUCCCUUCUUUUACUUGAAAUUAUUCUUACGGUCUUAGUUAGAGGUACCACUUCUCAAACGACAAAGUCAGCUAGUGACGACGGGUUUGCACUACUGCGAAAUCGUGAUGGAGGAUUGUCUUUGUCCGGAGGAAGUCUGCAAAAGGAGAGAAGAAACGCGGGUGGGGAAGAUUUUCAUUCAGAAAGUGUCCGUCCUAGGACGUCCCAUACAACCCAUCGCGCCGGAGGUGGCAGAGGGGAGCCGCUGGAGACGACCAGGCCUUUCGUCGUCAUGGACGGUCGCAGGAUGCACCUGAGCAAAGCUCUGCAGAAUGGCCACCCUGAUAAGAUCCAGUGUGGGCUGCAGUUUGAGGGCCAAACCUAUCUGCUGGACCUGGAGAAGAACCAAGGUUUGCUGCCCAAGACCCCGAAUAUGUACUACUACCUACCAAAUGGUGUUGGGGUCAAUGCAGAGGACAGGCCAGUGGUCAACUGCUAUUACCACGGCUCAGUCAGGGGCUUCCCGGACUCUGGAGUGGCCCUCAGCACCUGCUCCGGUCUGCGUGGCGUGAUCACGAUCAACUCCAGCCUGAGUCUGGACAUACGGCCCGCAGAGGUGGAGCGAGGUGGACCUGAGGUGGAGGACCUACAUCUGCUCUAUCCCACCCACCGACCAGGGUCACCUAUGGGCUGUGGGGUUUCAAACGAUGUGGAGCCUCCUUUGCAUCUGUCACCUCACAUCCACAGGAGUAAAAGGGACAUUCUGUCAGAGACAAAGUACAUAGAGCUGGUGCUGGUGGUUGAUCACACGGAGUAUGUGAAUUACCAGAUGAACAACAAGACUAUCACGUAUCGCAUGAUGGAUGUGGCCAACCAAGUAGACUGGUACUACAGGCCACUUAACGUGCGCGUGGCUCUGGUUGGCCUGGAGAUCUGGAGCGACCGGGACAAGGUCAGAGUGGACAAGAACCCGACAGAAACCCUGCAGCGCUUCCUGGAGUGGCGGCGGCGGGAGCUGCUGCCCCGUCUGCGGCACGAUAACGCCCAGCUGGUCAUGGGGGGCUCGUUCGAUGGCACCACGGUGGGAAUGGCCUCCCAGUCGUCCAUGUGCUCCGGGGACCGCUCGGGUGGUGUCAACGUGGACCACCUGGUGAGCGUGCUGGGCAUCGCAUCCACCGUGGCCCACGAGCUUGGCCACAACCUGGGCAUGAGCCACGACACGGACGAGCGACAGUGCCAGUGUCGGAACGAGCCCCGGUUGGGCGGCUGCAUCAUGGAGCCCUCCACUGGGUUCAUGCCAGGCCAGCUGUUCAGCAGCUGUAGUGUGCUGGACCUGUCCUUCAGCCUCCUACAUGGGGGCGGGAUGUGCCUCUUCAACGUGCCGCAGCCCAGCCGCCUGUUGGGGGGGCCACGCUGUGGUAACCUGUACGUGGAGGAGGGCGAGGAAUGUGACUGCGGCCUGGCUGACGAGUGUAACGAUCCCUGCUGCGAUUUCUCCACCUGCAAACUGGCUCCCGGGGCGCAGUGCUCAUCCGACGGGAUCUGCUGCGACAACUGCAAGCUGCGCAUGGCGGGUUCGGUGUGCCGUGAGAGCCUGGGGGAGUGUGACCUGCCGGAGUUCUGCACCGGCGCGUCCCCCCACUGCCCCCCCAACGUCUUCCUCCAGAACGGCGAGCCCUGCGAUGGCGGCGCCUCCUACUGCUCCAGCGGUAUCUGCUCCAGUGUGGACACGCAGUGCCAGGCGCUGUGGGGACCCAAUGCCACUCAGGCUCCAGACGUGUGUUUCUCUACCGUCAACAAACUGGGCAACAAAUUCGGAAAUUGUGGGCAGUUGUCCAAUGGGAGCUACAUGCCAUGUGUUCCAGCUGACGUGCGUUGCGGGAGGAUCCAGUGUCAGGGGGGAAACAGCCGGCCCUUGCUGGGCUCUAACACAGAGAUUCUCACCACCACAGUGCACUUCAAUCACACCAACAUCGUGUGCCGUGGUGCCAGCUUCGACCUGGGCAAUGACGUCUCGGACCCCGCAAUGGUUGCCGAGGGAACUGCCUGUGGUCUGGGCAAAAUCUGCAUGGGUCAUCUCUGUAAGGACGUGUCCGUGCUGGGAGUGGAGGCCUGUCGCCGGAAAUGCAACGGUCAUGGGGUCUGCAACAGCAAUAGCAACUGCCACUGUGACGUGGGCUGGGAACCACCGGACUGUAAAUAUUCUGGCAAUGGAGGCAGCAUGGAAAGUGGACCGGCCCAGGAGCCCAGAGUGUCCAGUCCGGCUCGAGUGGCCCUGCUGGUCAUCUUCCUCUUCAUCCUGCCUGUAUUGCUGCUCUUUCUUGCCCUCCGCCUCGGUUGGUGUCGCCACCGGCACGCCUUCCAGGUCAGCAGCUUCUGGCACAAGGGCCCAGGACGCCAGCAGAGCCGAACUCCGGCCACCGAACGAGGUGACACCCGUAACACCGAACAGCUGCAGCCCCUGAGGUACCACUGGCCGAACCAGGUGGACAUCCCGAUGACCCAGCCGGCUAACAAGUGUUGACAUUGAUGUGGCGCUAUUCAAAAGUUACCCCUGGUUCUACCGUGAGUUCUGUAGGUUUGCGAGUGGCCGUGUUUUGUAUGUUAUCCUUGGAUUCUGCGGCAUCAUUUUCUGAAAUGAAUCUCUGGCUUUCAGUUGGCGUGAGCUGGUGUUUAUCUCUGAAUGUAUGGUGGUGCCGUGAGCAGGAAUUCACGCGUUUACUGUGUUAGUCAGAGCAAAGAGCACAGUGCCUUCAUCUGCCGUUUGUCUUGGGUUUUAUUUCACAGUGAUACUGGUAAAGCAAGUAUAUGUCCCUAGCUGUCCUUUACAAGUUCUCUUUCAAUAAAGCCAUCUGCCUACGUCUGACCAUUGCAUGUCAUCCCUCAUGCCCCACGUUACUCACCCACAGCACCAAAGCGUUGCAACUUGCCAUGACUGACGUAGGGAUACUGACUCUGUGGAGAAUGCGAUGGAAAUGCACGCAAAAUGCACUUGCUGUACAAUUUGCUAAGUUUUGAGGCUGGGUUUGAUUAGACUAAUUUCUAUACCAUUCACUAAAACUGCCAUGUUACACUAAUGAUCCCUGACGCUUUAUUCUGAAAACAACGCUACUUGCUUAAAAGUGCAUGACUUGCAUAGGCUGUCACUGUUCCUUGCUCUCUUUUUCUUUGCAAACAGGAUGCCAAGCCUCCCCCUCCUAAUAAGCCACUUCCACCUGAUCCAGUGUUAAAACAAACACAGGUAAUUUUCCUACUGCCAAGAUGGGUCACUAGAGAGUCUUAGCUUGUCAUCAUUGAAAUAUCAAUUCUGUUGUCUCUGUGAGAAUUUUUCACGUUGCAAGUCUCCAUGUUUUUUUCCAUGGUUGUGGUGUUACUUGUAUGGAAUAUUUGCUAUAUAUUUGCACAGCAAUUCUGCAGACUAAGUGCGGUACUGUAUGAAUACUGCAGUUUAAAACAUUUUUUUCCAGAUCAUUGAUGGCUCAGCAGUGCCACCGAUAGGCAGAAGGGUGUACUGCAGGGCAGGAAUCGGGAUUCUUCUGGGAUACUUGUUUAAAAAUGCUGGAUCUUUGAAAAAUACGAUUUAUCUUUUCUGUUUGUUAUUACCAGCCAGUGACUGAACAGAGCUGGUGUUUAUUUUAAGGGUGGAUUAAUGCUGCAGCAGAAUGCUGUGCAAAUUAAAUUAGUAACAUAUGGGAGGUAUUUUCUGCAAAAAAUAAUAUGAUAAAAUGAAAAUACAGCCUCCACUUUGCAAUUUAAUUUUCAAAGUCUAUGUGCAAAAAUGAAAAUUAAAAUGAAAUAGCUACAAAUAAGAAGCUAACUAAGCCGCGUGUGACUUUGCCAUUAGUGUGGGCGACAUGGACAACCACGUACAAGAAACAUAACGACAACGGAAUCAGCAAACGCACUGAGAAGUGCAGCAGUGAUCCGUAGCUCCGCCCACCGCCCCGCUCCAAUUAACGUAUAUUUGCUUGUUGUAAACUUGAAAAUGAAAAAGCAAAGUAGGAAAUGAAAAGUCAAGUUGGAAAAAGAAAAGACAAAAAUGUUUGUUAAUUUAAUUUUUUAAUUUUUCACAUCUGAUUCAUACAUGAGUGGAAAUGUAAAAUGCAAAUGGUCCUAUUUCAUUUUAAUUUUAGCAGGAUUUUUGUGCAUAGACUUUGAAAACUAAAUGGCAAAAUGGAUAUCGUAUUUUCAUUUUCAUUUUUUACAGAAAAUACCUCCCAUAGUAACACUUCAUGGACAAUUCAAUAUUUGUACAUAUUUGAUAAAUGACAAUUUAAAUUUAAUAAAGUGAAAAAGAUUAAUUUUUCUAGGUUAAGUUCGUAGGAACUGUGUAAUCAUUUCUGUUCUGCAGUCCUUUUUCAGCAUAUUAACGCUAAAGCACUGACUUAACACUAACAGGUACUAAUCACAUGAAGCGAAACUCAUGCAGUAGGUUUCAGAGUGACAAUCUUGGAGUAACUUGUCAGGUACCAGCAGAGUAGUUGGUUGGCCUCAUCUGCCUUUGUAGAGAUGUCAGACCUUUGGCCCCGUUGUAGGGACCACUGAGGGUCAGACACUCAUUUUCUUUCUGUGUUUCCUGUUCUGUCUGCUGUUUCAGUCGGCAGGGCAACACCCGACCCCUCCAAACAAGCCUCUUCCCCCUGACCCCAUUGCCAAAGUCGGAAAGGUACAGGCCGAGUGGGUCUGUGUGAUCCAGUUUGGGUUGCUCAGCAAAGCAUGGCUGUGUGUCUUUUUUAAACA